GAUUCUUCCUUUUCCUCUGCGUCGUUUCGACUAUCUGCGUUUCACCGUUCAUUCAUUCCUGUUCUUUAGUUUUCUCUUAAUGAGCUAUUCUUUCCUUCCAACUCCCUCUCUUUCUACUCCUAUAUAAACCACUUCGUCAAAGGCUCUCUACAACAUCCAUACAAUGAUAACAAUCGAUGGCUAUGAAAUUGAUUCAAACCUCCGACAAGUCUCGUGCUGCACUAUAUAUUUUGUCGACAUAUCACCAAGGCUAUCGGAGUCGGGAUUACGCUUUAGUUUGAUCUAUUUCUGGGAGGCCAGAAACACUGCCAAUGGUGGGAGCUGCUCAUCCUCGACGAACCAGGGGCACUGUGAUCUACCAGCCUCAACUCAAACCAGGAUCCACUUACAGCCUCAAGAAUUUAUUCGCUACGAAGCCGAAAGAGAUCUAUCGAGUUGCUGAUCUGCGUGUAACCAUUUGUUUCUCGCACAGCUCUGUCCUCUUCCAUCUUGAAUACCUAUCAACGCCGACCGGUUCAGAUUCUACUUACAUGAAGGUGAUCUCCAUUGAAAACGGCUUAUGUUUACAUGAACAAGAUGAAUCAGGCAAAGGACUGUUUUCCAUGUCUCUAAAACGCUACGAGAGGCACUCAUACGCCGAGAAACAGGUCAAUGGAACAUAGCAGGCUUAAGGCUAGGGUUGAUCUUUUGGAUACCAAAGGCAUUAUGUGGGAAAAUAUUUAGAAUCAAUUGCAUAAGUGAACUCCAGACUCUCGAGUAACAGCUGGACACUUCUCUUAAACAUCUUUGCUCCAGAAAAGUAUGUAUGUAUAUCUUCCUUAUGGACGCAUACUCAGACGCACACAUCUCUUUUAAAUUGUUUGAGUUUGUGCAGAUAUAAAUAUAUGCCUAACUAUUGUAAGUGAUUUGGAAAGAUUCUUAUUUAUCUUUAAAACUAUGGUUAUAGGUCAUGCAUGGUUUAGUGUUUGUCUCAUAUGAAUGAAUACAAUUUUGACUCAUUGGUGCAUAAUCAAUGUACGAGUCCCUCAACCACCUUCAAAGAAAGGUAUGUUAACACCACUUUAUCUCUGAAGUCGUGAGUAUGUGCGACUUAUGUAAACGGGGAUGCCAGCACCAAGACAGCUCUCAUAUUGGAAGACUUAUGAGGGACUUAGGGAUGGAGAUUUUUACUUGUGGGAUUGACCUGAUACAAGCAGAUGUUUGGGGGAAACUGAAGAAUUUUUUUUAAUCAAUCAGGUGUCCAACCGAGUUCAAGGAGCUUGCGGUGCAUUACUUGCGUGGAGGCGCACAAUGGUGGGUCAGUGUGGUUCGGAGCAUGCCUGUUGGAAAUAUUAACAAGAGUGCUCGGAGAUAUCGCUAAGAAUGGUUUCUUUUUCGUGGAAUUUCGUGGAAAUGGCAGGAGAGGGCAAUCAGGAGGAAAACACAUGCUUUGUAAAUAGUUGAUCAUUGUUUUUUUCUUCUUUUUUUGCGUUUCUUAAUAUUUGAUAACUAUUAUACUCUUUCAAGUUCCAGUGUUUUACUCCACUUCAGUCUCGAACUUGAGCUACCAUCGCUCCACUUUGGGCACCAAAUGUUUCUUAAAAUGAAGAAUUAGUUGUUUC